UGAGCUUCCGCACAUUAAUGCCGGCAAGAGAUACAGAGGCGAAGCAAAUCUAAACAAGAAAGCAAAGAAGACGACCGGAUCGGUUCCCUUUUUCCAUUCUUGCUUCCGGUCCUUCGCUCUGGAGAGCCGGGCGGAGCGCGCCGUGGCUCCACCCGGGCCACAGAGCCUCUCUCGAAGGAAGAAUCCCGUCACCCCCUCUCCUCCGCCAUCCCAACCUUCUCUUAGACGCCCUCGCCCUCGCCCUCGCCCUCGCCCUCACCCGGACUUCCCCUUCUGGCAGCAGACCUGGUUCUUGGUCCUCCUCCUUGUCAUGGCUAUCUCCCUUCUCGCUCUUGCCGCCUUCCUUUUCCUCGCCCUCGAUCUGGAGGAGGGCUCCGUCUUCCCCGCCGCCGCGGCCCCCGAGGGUGUCGAGAUUACCUAUGGGAGUGUUAUUAAAUUGAUGCACGAGAGGACGAAGUUUCGAUUGCAUUCGCACGAGGUGCCCUACGGGUCGGGGAGCGGGCAACAGUCAGUCACCGGGUUUCCCAAUGUCGACGAUUCCAAUAGCUAUUGGUUUGUAAGGCCUAUGCUUGAUUCGGUUGCCAAACAAGGUGAUGUCAUUCAAAGUGGAACUAUUAUCAGGCUUCAGCAUAUGAGGACUCGAAGGUGGUUACAUAGCCACUUGCAUGCUUCUCCAAUAUCUGGCAACUUGGAGGUGAGCUGUUUUGGAGGAGAAAACGAGUCAGAUACUGGUGAUUUUUGGCGGCUUGAAAUUGAGGGUGGUGGGAAAACAUGGAGGCAAGACCAGAGAAUAAGGCUCCAACAUGUUGAUACUGGUGGUUACCUGCACAGUCAUGACAAGAAGUACACUCGCAUAGCUGGAGGGCAGCAAGAGGUCUGUGGUGUUGGAGAUAGGCGCCCUGAUAAUGUCUGGUCAGCAGCAGAGGGUGUGUAUCUUCCAAUUAGUGGAAGCAAGUAACGGAUUGUUCUUAUUAAAGUUGGAUCAGAAAUGUUUAGUUCAUAGAGAACUGAUGCUAAUUAAGGAGGCUGCAGAAUUUUAAGCCUGAACGUAGCACCGCACACGUCUUGCUUAAGCGUAAAAUGUAGCUACAAGGGCUGGUUCUUUCUUAUUUCAUUUUGUCUUGUGGCAAUAUCUGUAAUGGUUAUGGAAAUUCUCUUGAGAGGUCCACCUUCUCUAAUUUAUUAAAUUAUACAUUAGAUCUGAAUUUUUUACAGAAAUUACAGUUUGCAGGCAUGUACGGCAUAUA